GCGAGAGCUAAGAUGAAGGAAAACAUUUUAAAAGUUUUGGGCGUGUUCCUUGUGUUGUCAGCAUCAACAUAUGUGAAGGGUCACCAAGUUGAGGUCAAAUUUGGACAUACAGCUACAUUUCAGUGUCAAAAUACGAAUCAUCAUAUCGUGGUUGAUAGUGUUUAUCUUAAUGGGAACAAAGACGAUAAUGGCCGAUAUCAUGUAAAGAUGGCGUGUGAUACGGAACCAAGUUGCGAGUUUCAAUUUAGCCAAGACAUAUUUAUGGGUGUGGCACUGCCAGCUGAAUCUUACCUUGUUAUUAUAUACUCGUGUAAGCAAUUUGUCCGCCAGGCUAGUUCUAAAAGGAUACAGUCUACAACAAGAAUUACUUGCCCGCAAGAAACUUUUGUCCAGAAGCACAUUGGUUAUUUCAAGGAUAGUAACAUCGCUCCUGAGAAGGACUCCGCAGAGGUACGAAGGAAAUGGGAAAUAAUUGCGAUGGCCGUCGCUUCUCAAGCCCAACGUUUUCGGCUAACCAACCGAGCAGAUCGACUAAGAGAUCCAACUGUUUACACAGUGUUUUUGAUACAUAAUAGUGAAACAGGUGAUUUCCAGCUGAGAAGACCCAACUGUGAACUUACGAAUAGGGCUGUCAGGCGAUCCAUCAAGUAUCAAUGCAACAGAUUCACCAAUCCCAAAAAAUGGACAUGCAAUUUUGUGAGCAAACAGGUUGACAAAGCUGCACAUGACUCCAUAACUGGCCAUUACUAUACGUAAUCGUUUAAUCUCCUACUGGAUUCCUUCUCUAGAAAGACGCGAUAAAUAAUCGAUAGCUAUGCUUUGAUCCU